UGUUUUGAAACCAUCAAAAUGGAAGACUUUGACAAAUUCAAUGUGUUACUUGCAAUUCUUGCAAAGGUCUAACCCCACCGUUUUGUUAGAAAACCCCCCAUUUUCUCCCGCUAUUGAAGCAAAUCUGCUACUGGGUCUAAACCAUUCCAAUCUGAUUUUCAUUUCAUUUCCUUCCAUUGAUUCUUCACAAAGCAACCAAUCCAUAUCUCCAUAUAUCAGACUUCUAUGGACAUGGCAUGAAUUUCAACGGUCCGGAUGAUUCGUCGGCCACCCCCUACGCGGGCUAUUCACGGAUACGAGAAGUUCAAUGGCAAUUGCCGGAAUCGUUUCUGUUUCAUCAUCUCCAUCUCCUCCAUCUUCUGGUUUCUCUUAUUCUUCUUCCAUUCAACGACAUUAACGGCUCCGAAGAACGACAUCCGGUCCAUACCAGACAAGUAUCUGAAUUUAGCGUCGCAGCGUGACGUGUACACAGAACAGCCACACAUCGAUAAUCAAUCGCCCACAUCGCAGGACAUACAAACACAACCACCCAUCAAUCAAACUCCCAUUAUCGAUAACUGGGCCGCACCGAAUUCAGAUCCAUGUUCAGAUCAAUACAUCUACGUUCAUGAUCUACCGAGCCGUUUCAAUGAAGACAUGCUCAAAGAUUGCAAGAAACUCAGCUUAUGGACCGACAUGUGUCGGUUCACGUCGAAUGCAGGCCUCGGUCCGACGCUUGAUAACAAAGACGGAGUAUUCUCCAACAAAGGUUGGUUUGCGACGAACCAAUUCGCGGUGGAUGUGAUCUUCAACAACAGAAUGAAAAAAUACAAAUGCCUAACAAAUGAUUCAUCCAAAGCGUCCGCGAUCUUCUUACCCUUUUACGCGGGCCUAGAUAUCUCUCGCUACCUUUGGGGAUUCAACACAACGGUUCGCGACUCUGCGUCGAUCGAUCUCAUCAAGUGGGCUGCAGAGCAGCCAGAAUGGCAGAUCAUGGGAGGGAUGGACCACUUCCUAGUAGCUGGGAGGAUUACAUGGGAUUUCAGGAGACAGACAGAUCAGGAAAAUGAGUGGGGAAACAAGCUGAUGUUAUUGCCAGAGGCGAAGAACAUGACAAUGUUGGUGAUUGAAUCUAGCCCUUGGGAUGGAAAUGAUCGUGGAAUACCAUACCCUACCUAUUUCCAUCCUUCAAAUGAUAAUCAGAUCAUCCAAUGGCAGAACAGGAUGAGAGGAUUGAGAAGGCGUUGGUUGUUCGCAUUCGCUGGUGGCCUGCGUACGAACAUACCUGGAUCGAUUCGUGGCCAGAUCAUCGAACAGUGCAGAUCCUCCAAGCGUGGGAAGCUACUGGAAUGCGACGCAGGAGCUAGUAAGUGCCACUCGCCGAGCAGCGUUAUGAAGAUUUUUCAAAGGUCAGUGUUCUGUUUACAGCCUCAGGGCGAUUCGUAUACUCGACGGUCGACCUUUGAUUCGAUGUUGGCUGGGUGUAUUCCGGUAUUUUUUCACCCGGGAUCUGCUUAUGUGCAGUAUACGUGGCAUUUACCGAGGAAUUAUACGAGAUAUUCGGUUUUUAUACCGGAAGGGGAUGUAAGGGAAGGAAAGGUGAGUGUAGAGAAGAGAUUGCUUGAAAUUCCGAUAUCUGAAGUGAAAGAAAUGAGAAGGAAUGUGAUAGGGAUGAUUCCACGGUUGAUAUAUGCAGACCCGAGAUCAAGAUUGGAGAGAUUUGAGGAUGCAUUUGAUGUAGCUGUAAAAGGGGUGAUUGAGAAGGUGAGGAGAUUGAAGAAAGAGAUGAGAGGUGGAAUUUUGAAGGUGGGAUUUGAAGAAGAGAUGAGUUGGAAGUAUGAUUUGGUGGGAAGAGUGGGUGACCAUGAGUGGGACCAUUUCUUUUCGAAACCGAAGGAUUGAUACUUAUAAGAGAGGAAAAUGGAAAAUAACGAAAUGAAUUUAAACAGGAUUAGAGAGAAAGAAGUGAUUGGAUUUCGUUGGGAUCGUAGCUUUUCUUUUUUUUUUUUUUAAAGUAGAAUAGAAAUAGGUGGGUGGUGAUAUAUACACCAAAAGAUGCUGUACAUUUUUCACUUUUUCCUUUGCAGUUUUCCAAUGUUUCAUGUGUUAAUAUCUUUUCGGUACGAUUCGAGAACU